ACUUUGGUUGGAUUCAUUUGUGUUAAAAGAGAACGAAAACAGGAAAAAUGGGAUCAAACGAACCAUUUGCGCGUUCUGUGUACUUUACACCAGCGCAAAAAUCAAAUAAGCCUAAAUCGCCACCCAAUGCAUCGCCAGGGGCUGCUCCAACAAGCACCACCAAGACGACAAAACGAGCUUCUGGUAGUAAAGGUAGUAGAGAAGCGACAGAAGAAGAGAAAAAAGAAGAACGAACUGUCAAUCCUAAUGAGUCAACGGACAAAACGAACCCGGAAAAAUCGGCAAAUGUAGGGAAAAGUAGAGAGAGGGAUCGGCAGCCUGAGACAACUCAACAAGCCACUGAAAAUGACAACAGUCAGAUGGGUAAAUACCCGGAUGGAGACAAAAAGAAGAAGAAGAAAAAGACUCGAAGAGCACGAGUUUCAGUAUCAAUGGAAAAAGUAGAUGUAGUGACGGAUAGAGAAGACAAGAAGGUUAUAACGGAAAAGGAUGAUAGUUUCAUUGCUCUGUAGAUGAAGCUCAGAGAGUUCAACUUUUAUCAUGGUUUUUUGCCACGUGAGGAUCUUCAUUCUACACUGCAUAACUCUGGAGAUUACUUGAUUCGUGUGUCUGAAGUUGUUGAAGGAGAGACAAAAGUGAAUCGUGAAGUAAUUUUGUCAUUGAUUCCAAUUCAGUCUGAUGGCAAAGAGGAUACUGAAAAGAAAAAUUGUCGCAACGUGGUCAUCAAAAGAGUUGGCAACAAGUGCUUCUGUGAACCAACACGUACCUUCGAGUCAGUGACAGAUCUUAUCAAGUACUACACGGAUAAUUCUGGAUCAUGCUCAAAUGGAAGAUUUCAACUCAAGAAUCCGAUUCUUCAACAACCAUGGGAGUAUAUGCACUCAGAUGUCACAGCUGGAAAAGUUCUUGGUGAAGGUGCAUUUGGAAAAGUGUUCUCUGGAACGUUGAAAUUGAAAGAUGGAAGCUCAGCUGAAGUCGCAAUCAAGAUGACCAAGGUCUCGGCUUUCCUGAGUAAGAUAAAGAUCAAAGAAAUGAUGAAUGAGGCACGAUUCAUUCGGAAUUUCAAUCACAAGAAUGUUGUCCGUUUGUAUGGUGUUGCACAUGAUGAACAACCACUGUACAUUUUGUUGGAAUUGGUCAAAGGAGGCUCUUUACAAGAUCAUAUGAAAAAAGCCAAAGCUACUGGAACUGUUGUACCGAUUGCGGAGAAAGUUAGGUUUUGUAUUGGAGCAGCCAGAGGAAUUGAGUAUUUACAUCAGAAUAACUGUAUUCAUCGUGACAUUGCUGCUCGUAAUUGUCUGCUCAGUGAAAAAGAGGUCAAAAUCACGGACUUUGGCCUCUCUCGAAAUGGCCCAUCCUACAAAAUCAAGGCAGCCUGUAAACUUCCAGUCAAGUGGCUCGCACCAGAAACAUUGUCAUCGCUUUGCUUCACUUUUGCAACAGAUGUGUACAGCUGGGGUAUUACUUGUUACGAAGUGUUUGCCGAUGGUGCCGAGCCUUACGAAGGCAUUCCGAACGCAACAGUCAAAGCAGACGUUCUCAACAACAAGUUUAUUCAGAUGCCUCCACACUGCCCGGAUUCUAUCAAAAAGUACAUGAGCACAUUCAUUUUUGUUGAUGCAUCUUGUCGAGCCAGCAUGACCAUGGCAAUCGGGGACUUUGAACGUAUGACUGUGAUGAGUGAAACCGGAGCAAGUGAUCCAGGAACUAAGAAUAAGUUUAUGAAGAUUUUGAAAAAGAAGAAGAAAGAGAAAGAAUCGAAAAAUGAUUGAAC